AUGGAUUUCGAGAUUGGAUGGAAUCGAUUUAAUUUGACGUUGCUCGGCGUGUGGCCAGAGCCGAGGAAGAUGUCUAGGGGAUCGCGAUUCUUGUCGAGUUUGAUAUUCUGGUCUACGACUUUCGUGGCGUUUGCGUUCAUCUGUGCACCCCAAACAGCGAAUCUGAUACUAAAAUCGAGUAACCUGGACGAGAUAAUCGAGAAUCUGUCGAUCAAUAUACCGAUCGCCUUUGCUUUGGUCAAGCAGAUAGUCCUGCGAUACUAUAAAGAAGCUCUGAGUCUACUACUCGGCCAAAUGUUGGACGACUGGUCGGAGCCAAUCGGUGACCAAGCCCGUCGAACGAUGCUGAAGAACGCCAGAAUCAGUCGUACGAUAUCCAUAGUCUGCUCCACUUUAACGUAUCUCAUGCUGCUCGCCUUCAUAUCUCUGCAAAUUUGGAGCAACACGCAAAACGCAUCGCAAGUCGACCUGGCCGGGCUCCUUCAUCCUGCCACGUUCCCUUACGACAAGGGCAAAAGCCCGAAUUUCGAGAUCACAUGGCUGGGGCAAUUUAUGAGCACAGUGUUAACCGCAAUAUGCUAUUCUUGCUUCGACAUGUUCCUUGCGGUUCUUGUGUUACACUUGUGCGGCCAAUUAACUGUUCUUAGAAUGGCUCUCGAGGACCUGGUUAACGCCACGAAGAGGACCGACUACAGCAACUUCCACCAGCAACUGGGAUUCAUCGUGCAGAGGCACAAUCAGUUGUACAGGUUCGCCAUCGUGGUCGAAGAUUGCUUCAACCUCACGCUACUCGUUCAGACCAUAAUCUGCACAGCGAUGUUGUGCCUCACUGGAUAUCGUAUGAUAACCUCCGUAGAUCAGAAGGGCGAAAAGUUACCUAUCAUUGGCAUGAUAUUCUUUACCACACACGUGAUCUAUACUAUGUUGCAUCUUUUUAUUUAUUGCUACGUCGGUGAAAUGCUUCUCAGGCAGAGUACCGGUAUUGGACAAUCAGUAUACGAUUGUAAUUGGUACGACUUGCGCCCGAAGCAGGCGGUCUCGUUAAUUAUAGUGAUGUGUCGCGCGAAGGUAUCGUUUCAAAUAACAGCCGGCAAAUUUAGUCCAUUUUCCCUCGAAUUUUUUAACGCUGUUUUGAAAACGUCUGCUGGGUAUCUGUCGGUGUUACUGGCCAUGAAAGACUGA